AGACUUGUCGCACCCUCGCACAAUCUAUUCAGCUUACUCAGCAUAAUAAUUGUCGAAGAAGCUGCAGCAGUUUAAAGUCCAACUCUGAAGUGUGGCGAAUAGAACUACAACACAUACGUUUCUUUCUCGUUAUUUGCGUGUGUGUGUGUUGUUUCCAUUCACAAGCUGCCUUCUUCUUCUUUUUUGUUUUUCAUUUCCAACCCUAUACACACGCUCUGAACUAUAUACCUUGUGGUGUACGGUGCAGCAACUCUUCUCCUGCGCGCCGUAGACGUUGCUACCUAUGAAGGAAAGACUUCUCAGAAAAGAUUCGGCUUUCGUACUCUUCUGAGCAAGUUUUGUUUCUCAAGCUCCAUUACGGCCUCGUUUUUUUCUUUCCUGUUCUCUCUCUUCGCAUCUACAACGCCACCUCGCAGGCAAAUAAAAGGCAGCGAUACCCACAACGGCGCCCCGCCAAACGUCGCCACGCGAAGCUCCUUAAACUCAGCCUUUUCUUUUAUCUGUACAACGCCACUUCCCCACUUAUUCUUUUUGCUCCCUCCCCCCCCUCCCCUCUCUCUCUCCAGCGCUUUAAUUGUUUGCCAUCUUUGUAGAAACACAAUAACUGCGUUGUCGCUGGCAAGGAAUCAACGCAGAGCGUGCAGAGUCGCAUGCGUUUCUUCUGUCCGCGUUCUUCUUUUUUUGCUCUUUUGCUCUCGCUCGUUUCGUCUUCUAUGAGCGUUGCUAAACUCUGCGGCUCUUAUUUAUUUUGCUUCAUUGACUUUCUCUUCUUGAAACGCUGUUCUUUUCUUCUUCUACUCCUAUUUAUAGUUCUUUCGUGGGUAACUUCUGUUUACCCAUCAACCGCAAAGCACCAUCCCUUUUUUUUUCUCUCAUUUUAUUGUUACUCGUCUUGAUUGGUUCUUUCUCUUUCUAUUUCGCCACAACGGCACGUCUAUCUGCCCUGCGCACACAUCCUGCUCGCUUCUGUCGCUCCCCGAAUACAGCCCGCCCCUUUUCUUUCCUCUUCUUCCUCCAUGAAGGGCAGUGCAGCGACGCUUCUACAGCGCGCACCGACGGCAGCAGCGAUGCCGCACCUCUCGUUCUCUCUUCGUUGGUGCGUGGUGCUGCUGGCUCUGGUUGUUCUCUGCCUCUGCUCCUUUUCCGCCGAUGUCGCCGCGGCGAUCAGCGCACGCUACCCCGCGGAGGACACACUGCUCAAGUGCGGUCAUGACCACGUAGCAGCGGAGCAGGAAAAGGAGCCUCUCACCUACGUCUCCCUUCGCAAGGUCGAUACGCACUCCGCGCAGGCGGCGGCGCCGGUGGCCUCCGCUGCUCUCCCACAGCCGCCUGUUAGAGACGCUGUACCUCUUACGCACCGCAUCGUGGAUGUGCAGGACGCCGCCGCUCCCGCCGCCUGGGCUCCCAUUCGCAUCGCCGUCUUCACUCCCGAUCUCGAGGAUGACAGCCGCUACUGCACCGCCGUGGGUCAGCUCCGGCCCGACUACUACGGCAACACCGUUGAGUGCACGAGCACCGCCGACAUCUUAACGCAGGCAAAGAAGGAUGUGUUGAUCCACUCGUUACUUCCGCAGGCGGUGCAGGCGCACGCGUCGCGGUUGAUGGUACACCCGGUGGCGAAAGGCACGGCGAUUGUCGUCAACGCGAUGGGGGGGCGCUACUGCGGCUCCUUCACCGUGCCGGCGGCCCACAAGACGGCAGGCGUGGCGGACGCAGACUUCGUCGUCUACGUCGCGGCGGGCCCGACUUCCACGGCGCAGAGCGUUAUUGCGUGGGCGCUGACGUGUCAGUGGUUCGCAGGCGAGGUGCGGCACCCCGCCGUCGGCAUCAUCUACUUCAACCCGCGGCACCUACCCGAGACAAUGGACGAGACGGCAGAGGAGUUGGCCCUCCACGGCGGCAAUGCCUACGGCGCCUCCGACAGCCUCCGCCGCGCUGCCAUUCAUGAAAUGCUGCAUGCGCUCGGCUUCACCUUCACUGUGUUUCGAGAACGCGGCGUCUACGCCACCGUGCCGUCGCUGCGUGGGAAGACGAACGUGCCGGUGCUGAACGGGACGGCGGUGCGGGCGGCGGCCAAGGCGCACUACGGUCUCUCCGACGGCAACCUCUUCUACGGACUGGAGCUGGAGGACGAGGGCGCCUCCGGCACGGCUCUCUCCCACUGGAAGCGCCGCUCCUCGAAGGACGAACUCAUGGCGGCGGUGCUAAACCUGGCCCGCUACUCCCGACUCAGCCUGGCGGCGAUGGAGGACCUGGGGUUUUACAAAGCAGUGUACGAAAACGCCGAGGCCCUGCCGUACGGGUACGGGGCGGGCAUCGACAUGUUCAGCAAGGCGUGUCUCACUGCCGGCGCAACGAAUGUGCCCUCCGUCUUCUGCGACGUCAAGAACUCCUUCGUCCAAGUCUGCGCGGCGGACCGUCUGCGGGUGGGCCGCUGCUCCGUGACCUACUACUCCUCGCCCCUCCCCAGCUAUGCGCAGUACUUCACCGACAAGCCCACGUUUGGCGGCGCCCUGCGCUACAUGGACUACUGCCCAGUGAUCCAGGGUUUGUCCAACGCAAUGUGCCACACGGGCAGCCUGUCUGUGAUCCCCGGCAGCGUCAUCAGCGCGAGCUCCCGCUGCUUCGACGCGACAAACCUCGUGCUCAAGGCAACCUACGUCUCCGCCAACGCCAUCUGCGCGCGGGUACACUGCGACAACACGACAAGGACGUAUGAGGUCCUAGUGAACGGUGCCGCGUCGUGGCUGGACUGUGGCACGGGAGGUGACGGCUACGUGGUGAGUCCGUCGGCGUCGAGUGCGGGCGUGUACGCCUCCGGCGGCGCGAUCGCCUGCCCGCGCUACGAGGAUGUGUGCUACGCCAACCCGGGUGCCUUCGGUCCUAAACCUGUUGUCACCACCACCACGACCACCACUACCACAUCAAAACCGAAUGGUGCGUCUCGUGUCGUUUUGUGUCUGUGGUCCAUGGCGAGUGUACUGUUGACCGUACUCGCUUCCACCGCCGGUCUGUAG